CAGGGGCUGAGCGUGCAGAGUCUCCAAGUGGAGGGAGAGCUGACUGGUGUAUCUUCAUCUCCUCUGGAUAAGGCGCCAGUGAGGUGGACCAGAUGGCCUGGUGGAAAGCCUGGAUAGAACAGGAGGGCGUCUCGGUGAAGGGCAGCCCCCACUUCAACCCAGACCCCGACGCGGAGACCCUCUACAAAGCCAUGAAGGGGAUCGGGACCAACGAGCAGGCCAUCAUCGACGUGCUCACGAAGAGAAGCAAUGCUCAGCGGCAGCAGAUCGCCAAGUCCUUCAAGGCUCAGUUUGGCAAGGAUCUCACUGAGACCUUGAAGUCGGAGCUGAGUGGCAAGUUCGAGAGGCUCAUCAUAGCCCUCAUGUACCCUCCAUACAAAUACGAAGCCAAGGAGCUGCAUGAUGCCAUGGAGGGCUUAGGUACCAAAGAGGGUGUCAUCAUUGAAAUUCUGGCUUCUCGGACCAAGAACCAGCUGCAGGAGAUAAUGAAGGCGUAUGAGGAGGACUACGGGUCCAGCCUGGAGGAAGACAUACAAGCAGAUACCAGUGGCUACCUGGAGAGGAUCCUGGUGUGCCUUCUACAGGGCAGCAGAGAUGACGUGAGUGGCUUCGUGGACCCAGGACUGGCCCUCCAGGAUGCCCAGGAUCUGUAUGCAGCGGGUGAGAAGAUUCGUGGGACUGAUGAGAUGAAAUUCAUCACCAUCUUGUGCACACGCAGUGCCACACACCUGAUGAGAGUGUUUGAGGAAUAUGAGAAAAUCGCCAACAAGAGCAUUGAGGACAGCAUCAAGAGUGAGACCCAUGGCUCGCUGGAGGAGGCCAUGCUCACAGUGGUAAAAUGUACCCGGAACCUCCACAGCUACUUUGCUGAGAGACUUUACUACGCCAUGAAGGGAGCAGGAACUCGCGAUGGGACCCUGAUCAGAAACAUCGUCUCGAGGAGUGAGAUCGACUUAAAUCUCAUCAAGGGUCAGUUCAACAAGAUGUACGGCAAGACCCUCAGCAGCAUGAUCAUGGAAGACACCAGUGGCGACUACAAGAAUGCCUUGCUGAACCUGGUGGGCAGCGACCCCUGAAGGCUCAGAAAGACAAGAGCAAAGGCCAAGAAGCCGGAGCCCCUGGGUCCUGCUUGCUCAAACUUGGCCAUGGGGGGUGGGGGGGUGGGGGGGGAGGCCACAGCAUGCCUUUCAGUCUUCUAUCUCUCAGCUUCCAGUGCUAUUCAGCCAGGUUCUCUCUGACCCAGAAGGAAGGAUCAGCCUGGGGCUCCUACCUCCCCUAGACUCCCAGGUCAGUUCCAGAUGUGAACACACUGCCAACCUCAGCAUGAAUCUGGUCUGACAACUACCUGGACAAGAAGGGUCUGCAAGGGCUCGUGAUUGUUUCUUCCUUUCUACACAGGUCAUAGAGUCCCCUUGUGAAUGACAGGUCACAGAGUCCCCUAGACACAAGGUACACAGAUAUUCAGUCCCACUUCCAUUUACUAAUCUGGAUCCGCAGAGACAGGACCAUGGAAUAUGGAAUUUUAAUAAGAAUCUCAGCUGAUACCCUUCUCUUUCAGGCAAACAGAGAAGACUGUGAGAGCCCAUGUGUUUCAGAGCACAUACUCAUGGGCAGCUUGAGAAAGGAACACACACACCCAGGCCACAGGGCUGCCACUAACAUUCAUUUACCAGCUUCUUCAAAAAAUAUUAGGCUACAGGUAGACCAACAGAGAGAGCUGCAAAUAAGUGUCCUGACACAAGGACACUGUGUUCCAAGAGGCUCAGGCUUCUCCAGUCCUUGAUCAAAUUAGCUGCUCCUUCCUUCCAUGACACAAGCACGGAACAGCUCUAAUCCUGACCAAAUGGCAACAGCAGCUUGUUACAGGAGAAGCUGAGAUGCCUGUGUCAUGCUUUCAGAAUAAUAAAGAUUUGUACAUUUGGUUCUAA